ACGCCACUUGGCCAAAAAAAUCACUUGUCUCCGGUGCGUGCAAGUCAACUAACCGAAAGUUUCCGCUCGUCAUCUUCUACUUUUCCUCUCGAAGACUCACCGGAACAGUGAACUGCACACAGCGGCUUAUUUUAGAAAUUCACCAUCUCUCUCUCUCUCUCUCCUCCGUUGAUCGCCCCAAAAAUUCCCAAAUCACGCCAUGAUUUCUCAGCAAAGAAGCUUAUCAGGGUCAUCACAAAGCCCUAGAUCUCCAUCUUCACAACCGUUUCUAUCAGUCUCUGUCACCGAUCCUGCUAAGAUGGGCAAUGGCGUGCAAGCUUAUAUCUCCUACAAGGUCAUCACCAAGACAAAUUUACCUGAAUACCAAGGGUCAGAGAAGAUUGUUAUUCGACGUUACAGUGACUUUGAAUGGCUACGUGAUCGACUCUUUGAAAAGUACAAGGGUAUUUUCAUUCCUCCUCUUCCAGAGAAGAGCACUGUAGAGAAGUUUAGAUUCAGUGCUGAAUUUAUUGAGAUGCGGCGUCAAGCAUUGGAUGUUUUUGUUAACCGGAUAGCUUCACAUCAUGAACUUCAGCAAAGUGAGGAUCUGAGAACAUUUUUGCAGGCAGAUGAGCAGACAAUGGAAAGGGCCAGAUCUCAAGAGACUGGUAUUUUUAAGAAGAAGCCAGCUGAUUUGAUGCAAAUCUUCAAGGAUGUACAAUCUAAAGUAAGUGAUGUUGUACUUGGAAAGGAAAAACCAGUUGAAGAAUCGAAUCCUGAAUAUGAGAAACUGAAACAUUAUAUCUUUGAGCUUGAAGAUCACUUAGCUGAAGCUCAGAAGCAUGCAUAUCGCCUAGUAAAGAGACACAGAGAAUUGGGGCAAUCCCUGUCAGAUUUUGGGAAGGCAGUCAAACUUCUUGGCACUUGUGAAGGAGAUGCUCUUGGAAAGGUAUUCUCUGAGCUUGGGGCAAAAUCAGAGAUUUUGUCAAUUAAGCUGCAGAAGGAGGCUCACCACCUCUUAAUGAAUUUUGAAGAGCCCUUGAAAGAUUAUGUUCGUGCUGUGCAAUCUAUCAAGGCCACGAUAGCAGAGAGAGCCAAUGCUUUCAGGCAGCAGUGUGAACUGACUGAAACCAUCAAGCUGAAGGAAAUAGAUCUAAACAAAUUCAGGCUAACACGAUCAGAAAAAUUGGCAGAAGCUGAGCGUGAAUAUGAAGUGCUGAAGGCAGAUAGUGAGGAAGCAACUAGAAGAUUCGAGACUAUUGUGCGGUUGAUGAAUGAGGAGAUCGUGCGCUUCCAAGAACAGAAAACAUUGGAUUUGGGGAUUGCUUUUCAUGAAUUUGCAAAGGGACAGGCACGCCUGGCGCGCGGUAUAGCUGAUGCUUGGCGAAGUCUCCUUCCCAAACUUGAAGCUUGCUCUUCUGCUUAACACAAAAACCCAGAAACAGAUCGAAAACGUUUCCACUUGGGUUGUUCUCAGGAAUGACAAGGGCAGCUUUUGCUUUCUGGAGAGAUCUUUACUUUAGGAAGUGCUAUAUGAAAGUGUGGUAAUUUUUCUUUUCCGUCACUUGUACAAACCACAGCAAAGUAAAAACUGAGUUCUAAAUCUUAUGAGACACUCUUCACAUAGCAAAAUUUCUGUAUCUUGGAAUUGAAAUCCAUUUCACAUAGAUGGUUUUCUUUUCUUUCUUUAAUUUUUAUUUUCCUCCUUGAGAGUAGUGCUGGAGUGAGAUGUUAAAAAUUAGCUAUUAUAGAACUCUUCUUGUCUCUGAAUGGCCCUUGAAAUUAUUUCUUAAUCCAUUUAUCUGUUUUGAUCU